CGCCGGGUGCAAUUGCUAGACGUCCGGCGCUAGCAAUUCUUGCAGUUCGGCGCUUGUAGCACGCCUGAAGAGGAGUAAUGUCUGUAGCAAUUUCUGGGCCUGUUCCUUCUAUGCAGCACCAGCAGCAGCCUGUUUUCGACCUUGUACCUCCUGGAUCGCCGCAGAGUUUACACCCGCCCAUCUCGACCAACAACACUUGGUCUCUUCCUCUUCACCCUCUAAUGAUGCAAGCACCAAUUCACCAUGCGUUGUCCAGAAGACCAGACAAGUCUGAUAAACUAGAAGUCUGUAGAGAGUUUUGGCGAGGGAUUUGCAACCGGUCUGAGGAAGAAUGCAAGUUUGCACAUCCACCUAGUGAUGUGUUGGUUGAUUCAACGGAUGGCAUGGUUACUGUCUGCAUGGAUUUCAUCAAGAGUAGGUGUUCACGGGACUGCUGCAAGUUCUUUCACCCUCCAGCUCACCUUCAAGCCAGAGUUAAAGCUAACCAGUUGGGCUCGCCACUUUCUUCGCCUCCAUACAUCAAUCCUAUGACUGGAAUGUUGUUUCAAGAUCAUAUCCAGUCUCCUCUCAUGUUUCCUAUGUACUCUCCACAUCUCCCCAUGUCUGGAACGCCAAACAGUCCCUUUAUGCCAAUGGUCUUUUUUCCGCCCUCUGUAGGUCCUGAAUCUGAUUAUCCACAACCAGUAAGGAGUCCUAAGAAUGAAAACCAGUUGCUUCCAGUGUGCAGAGACUUCCUGUCAGGUCGAUGUGAAAGAUCUUCAUGUCGAUAUAUUCACCUUCAGGACAAAAAUGUAGAAGUUAUCGAUGGAAAAGUAACUGUAUGCAGAGAUGCGUCCAAAGGACGCUGCCUCAGAACAAACUGCAAGUACUACCAUGUGCCGCAGUGAUAGGGUAGUCUGAGUCAGAGGAGAAACUGAUUUGAAUAGUCAU